AUGGGGCCGUCCGAAUAUCUGGAUGGCGGUGGUCCCCGCGUUGUCAAAGAGCCGACAAAUGCAUUCGAAGAUCGAUCCUUCCUCAUGUGCUCUACGGAACAAGCAAACGAUGCUUUUGCAGACACUAUUGAUGACUUUGGUCAGAGAGAGUGCGAAGAACUUUUGCUAUCAAAACUGAGACUUGAAGUGACUGACGUUAAAGAACAUGGUCAGGAACCCCACAAACAGCCGUCCUUGGAUGAGGUUAUUCGGACUAUUCUCCUAAAAGCCCACGUCAUCCGUUUCGAUAAACUCCUCGAAUGCCUACGAGAUCGCUUCCAAGACAAACAGAUGGUGAACGCGGCAACUGUCAUCCCUGCUCUCCAGCGGUUGGCUGUUCUCCUCUGUGGUUGGUGGGUUAUAAAGAGCGAAGUCCUCUAUCCGCCAAACACAUAUAGUGAGCACGCCUCAGUUCCUAGCGUACAGCUUAUUCGAGCGCGAGAUUAUGUUAUGGCUGUGUUUCAUCGCGGAGACUACCUUACACGGAAGACGGUUUCCUGCAUCACAAAGGUGGUUUUUGAGGCGUUUUUUGUCCGCUCCUGCUUACCUAAUGCCGUCUGGAAAACCCGUUUUAUAAGUUUUUUUGCGUGUUAUUAUGUGUGCUUCCUCAGCGUAAGCCGUCGGUGUAAUUCAAUAUACAGUAGGUUACAUAUGUGA